AUGGCUCCUCUUGUGUUGAAGAUUAAAGGAAACAAGUCUUUUCUACCGUUUUCUAACUUAGACUCUGAGGAGGACUUAUCAAAGACAUGGCGAGUGUGCACCAAAGUCAAAGAUUCGCUUGAGAACGGGUCUCGUUUAGAGAACCUGUCGUGGCGGUUGUGGUUUCGACAGCAUCUGCUGAUGGAUAAACCCAACGCUACCUUUCGCAAACUGUCUCGUACCACAACUCGACAACUGGACUGCCAAAACUCGAAAUUAGCGCCUUUAAAAACCACUACGCGACCGGCCCCUCGUGCACUCGCUGGAACCUCCAGUGUGAAAAUGGAAACCAUAGAUGCACCUGCACAGCAACAGCAACAGCAACAGCAACAGCCAUCCCCAUCGUCGUCAUCCACUCGCGUAAUGCUGUCGACGCCAAAUCAAGCAUCAUCUCAACAUAAACCACCUCCAGCACAGCAACAGAUAUAUACGCAUCAGACACUAUCGACGAUGCCACAGCACACGGCUGCUUGUUUACAAGACGGAAAUCGAGCCGCCAUGUUAAACGGCUCCAUGAUGGGCACAAUGGCGUUUACCAACCAUCAGAAUACCUUUGCGAUGCAGCAGCAACAACAAGAACAGCAGCAACAGCAACAAUCGACCAAUAAUUUCACAUUGCAUCAGUUUACAUCAGAUCAAGCGAGCGAUCAAAUCGUAGAACUAGAAGAUAUUUUUGGGGCGUUUGGUAGCCCACACGAUUUCUUGUCGUCCAACGAUACCCACACCAUGGCCAUGGAUGAUUCCUGGGACUUUGGUCUGCCCUCACCCAACGAUGGCUACUAUCAGCCCAACUCCACUACUCCAUCCAACCCUUCCAAUCCAUCCAUUCCAUCGCCGCAACAACAACAACAACAACAACAGCAGCAGCAGCACCAACAAAAUCAACAGCAGCAACAGCAAACCAUGCCAUCAACGACACAGCCAUCGCAACUUCAAUCCACCCCACAGGCAUUGCAGUCGUCGCAACCAUCCUCUCAGCAACCAUCUGGGCAAACCAUGCUGGCGAUGGAUAAUUCACUUGUCAACCGCAUGACAUCAUCUUAUCAUGUACGGCACGGUGGAAUAUCGAUGUCGAUGCCAUCGAGUCCCAAUAUGCGUCCUCAAGCAGAUGCUCAAGUACGCUUGCAGCGUCCUUCUUCUUCAUCGUCGGUGUCGUCCGCAGAUAAUAACAGCGAUGCGCUGUAUGUAUCUGGAGCCGUCAUGCCGCCGCCACCUACGGCAACGCUUCGUAACAAAUUACUGAACAACGUCCCCAUGCGUUCCCUCGGCAUCAAUCAAAAUCUCGUCUCUAACCAGCCUAUCAUCACCCCACCCUUAUCGGUCUCGUCCACCUCUCCUUCCUCUUGCGCCAAUGGCUCCUCGCUUCAAUUGGGCGCUUUACUCGAUGAUCAGUACUGCAUGACGAUGAAUGAUUAUGCCGAUUUUGCGGGCCAUGCAUCAUCGAUUCACGGAUCGUCUGCGCAACAUUCUCCGCAACCGACGUUGCAGGCGCAUCAUCCUCAUCAUCAUCCUCAUCAUUUCCCUGCGUCGGCUCCCAGUACGCCACCGCACACUGGGCAGACAACGCUGGAUUUAGGGAAAUUGCCAACGGCACUAGCGGCGACUUCGGGCGAUUAUUCGUCGCAGUCGCAACCGGUGUGUAGCAAUUGUGGUGCCACAAGUACCCCAUUAUGGCGGCGGUCGGCUGACGACGAUCUCCUCUGUAACGCUUGUGGACUGUAUCAAAAGUUACACAACGCGCCUAGACCAAAGACAUUGAAACCGCACAAUGCCCGUAAAGAAGCACGUGAUGAUGAAGCGGCUCAACUUGUUUGCUCCAAUUGUUCGACCACGACCACACCACUUUGGCGUCGCGAUGAUGAAGGCGCACCCCUGUGCAACGCAUGUGGAUUAUAUUUAAAAUUGCACCAUGAGCGGCGCCCCUUGUCGAUGAAAACGGACAUUAUCAAAAAACGACAACGGUAUGACAGCAAUGCCAAUGGACGUAAAGUGAACAAAAAGAUGAAAACGGAUCAACAAGCGUCCGAGCCGUCGUCACCGGAAUUAGCGUCGCCCGUGUUGCCGUAUCAGGCCCAUCCUGGCCCCAUCUAUAUCAAUCAACAACAAUUGCAGGCCUCCGCAGCAACGGCUCCACCUCCUUCGCUCCUCCCUUCGUCUCUUCCGCCUCACACGUCCGUCGAUCCUGCCACCAUGAGAGAUACCAAUCAACUCAUGUUCCAGUCUUACCCUGCCGCGUUUACCUAUCAACCAAGUGAAUGUGAACAUGCCGCAUCAACGCAGCCAUCACAACAACCCACGAAGCCCUCUCCACCGACAGAAACGAAUCUUAUGGAUGGCGUCAUGCCCCAGUACUUUUAA